AUGGCCAUGGUGCAGCCGGCGGACACGGCCGUCAAGGCCAACGAGAUCCUGGCGCGGUUCCGGCCCAUCGCGCCCAAGCCCACACUGGCGGCGGCGGCGUCGCCGGUGGCGCAGGCCGCGGCCGAGGGCGUCGUGGCCGCCAACCGCGUGCUGUGCCAUCUGCAGAGCAGGCCGUGCCGCGCGCGGAAACGCGGCCGCCCCACCGUCGUGCCGGUGUCGCCGCCCAAGUCGGGCUCUGGCGCGCAGUCGCCCGCCAAGCGGAAGAGAGCGGCGACGCCGUACCCGCCUCUCUGUGCGGGCGCCGACGACCUCGCGAAGGUGGCGGCAGAGGGGAGGGACGUCCCCGUGGAGCGCGACCUGCUGCGGAAGCUGCUGGAGCCCAAGGUCAUCUCGCCGCGGGCGGUGCGCCCCGUGUGCUCCGCCAUCCACGUCGGGUGCAUCCACCGCACCGGCGCGACCUGCACCGACGCCGUCUCGAAGACGGCGGUUCAGGUGGAGGCGGAGCUGGAGGUCGACGCGCUCCCGGCGGUGGUCUCCGACUCCAGCAACCGCGUCCGGCUCGUGAACGACGCGUACAAGGAGAUGGUGGGGCAGCCCGAGUGCCCGUGGCUCGACGCCUUGGCUGCCACGUCGAGGAGGAUCAGCGGGGAGGUGGCGCUGGUGGUAGCCGGCCAGUCCUCCCUGCCGGAGACGUACGGGGCGUUCACAUGCACGGCAAAGAUCGAGUGGGAGGACGACGGGAAGCUCACCUCCAUCGCUGUACCCUGCGACGUCAGCCGGCUGCACUGCGAGUCCAGAGACUACCUCUUCACCUGGAGGUUCCGUACCGCCGACGCCAACGCAUCCGUUGGCCACAGCUCCGAGGAGAUCAGAGAGAGUUAG